GGGAGCUGAUUUCAUCUCUCUAUCCAUUUACAUGUACGAUAUAUAUAUAUAUAGAGAGAGAGAAAGCGCGAGCAUGAAUUGUGUUUGACUCGAACUGAGCUAUAGUUCAUACUCUUCAUAUUUCCAGUUUCUAGGGUUUUCACACUCUUCCCUCUCCUCUUCGCUUCUGUGAUUAAGGAUGAGUUCAAAUGAGCCAGAUGGAAAUGGAGCUGAUGCAGUGUUGCCUCCUCCACCUCCGCCUCCCCCAAUUCCCCCAAAUGUCGUUCCAAUUCAAGCUGAGCUAGAGCAGGCUCCCGAAAUUGUGAAAAAAAAGGUUGUGCGAGUUCCAAUUGCACGACGUGGCCUUGCUUCAAAAGGCCAGAAGAUAUCUCUGCUCACGAAUCAUUUUAAAGUGAAUGUGACCAAUAUAGAAGGGCACUUUUUUCACUAUAGUGUUGCACUUGCAUAUGAAGAUGGUCGCCCAGUUGAUGGCAAGGGCGUAGGAAGAAAGGUUAUCGACAAGGUUCAUGAAACAUAUAAUUCUGAACUGGCUGGUAAAGAUUUUGCUUACGAUGGAGAAAAGAGUUUGUUUACUGUUGGGCCUCUCCCAAGGAAUAAACUUGAAUUUACUGUUGUUCUUGAGGAUAUUACGUCAAACAGGAACAAUGGUAACUGUAGUCCCGAUGGGCAUGGAAGUCCCAAUAAUGGAGACCGAAAAAGGAUGAAACGACCCUACCGUUCAAAAUCAUUUAAGGUAGAAAUCAGCUUUGCGGCUAAGAUACCAAUGCAGGCUAUAGCAAGUGCUUUACGUGGUCAGGAAUCUGAGAAUUUCCAAGAGGCCAUCAGGGUGUUGGAUAUUAUCUUACGGCAGAAUGCAUCAAAGCAAGGUUGCCUACUUGUCAGACAGUCAUUUUUCCAUAAUGACCCAAACUCUUGUACUGAUGUAGGCGGUGGAGUUCUUGGCUGUAGAGGCUUCCACUCUAGUUUUAGAACAACACAGAGUGGCCUCUCUUUGAAUAUUGAUGUUUCCACAACCAUGAUUAUACAGCCUGGUCCUGUUGUGGACUUUUUAAUUGCAAACCAGAAUGUCAGAGAUCCUUUCUCACUUGACUGGACCAAGGCUAAACGGACACUCAAGAAUUUGAGGAUUAAAGCAAGCCCCUCCAAUGCAGAAUACAAGAUAACUGGAUUAAGUGAAAAGCCUUGUAAAGAGCAAACGUUUACUUUGAAACAGAAAGGUGGAAAUGAUGAAGACUGCAUUGAAAUCACUGUUUAUGAUUAUUUUGUCAAGCAUCGGAACAUCGAACUUCGAUAUUCAUCAGAUCUUCCUUGUAUAAAUGUGGGGAAGCCCAAGCGUCCCACUUUUAUCCCUGUUGAGUUGUGCUCUUUGGUAUCACUACAACGAUACACAAAAGCACUGUCCACAUUUCAAAGAGCCUCACUUGUUGAGAAAUCGAGGCAAAAGCCACAAGAAAGGAUGAGGGUUUUGUCCGAUUCGUUGAGAAGGAACAAAUAUGAUGCUGAGCCGAUGUUACGGUCAUGUGGAAUUGCUAUUAAUUCAAGCUUCAUUCAAGUUGAAGGCCGUGUUCUACCUGCACCCAAGUUGAAAGUGGGCAAUGGGGAAGAUUUUUUUCCUCGUAAUGGCCGAUGGAAUUUCAAUAAUAAGAAAUUGGCUCAACCUACUAAAAUAGAGCGAUGGGCUGUGGUGAACUUCUCAGCGCGCUGUGAUACACGUGGCCUUGUCAGAGACCUGAUAAAAUGUGGUGAUAUGAAGGGCAUUGCAAUAGAGGCUCCUUUUGAUGUUUUUGAAGAAAAUCCACAGUUUAGACGUGCCCCACCUAUGGUUAGAGUGGAGAAGAUGUUUGAGGAAGUUCAGUCUAAACUUCCUGGACAACCACAAUUUCUUCUUUGUCUACUACCUGAGAGAAAGAAUUCUGAUCUUUAUGGUCCUUGGAAGAAAAAAAAUCUUGCAGAAUUUGGAAUUGUUACUCAGUGUAUUGCUCCUACACGGGUAAAUGACCAAUACCUCACAAAUGUACUCCUUAAGAUCAACGCCAAGCUUGGUGGGCUUAAUUCCUUGUUAGCAGUGGAGCAUUCUCCAUCCAUUCCUAUGGUUUCAAAAGUUCCAACAAUUAUCCUGGGUAUGGAUGUUUCACAUGGUUCUCCAGGACAGUCAGAUAUUCCGUCUAUUGCUGCGGUGGUCAGUUCUAGACAGUGGCCAUUGAUCUCUCGUUACCGAGCUGCAGUACGUACCCAAUCUCCAAAAGUGGAGAUGAUUGAUUCUUUGUACAAGCGUAUUUCUGAUACUGAAGAUGAUGGAAUAAUGAGGGAGCUUCUACUUGACUUCUAUACUAGUUCAGGAAAAAGAAAGCCAGAUCAGAUUAUCAUAUUCAGGGAUGGUGUCAGUGAAUCCCAAUUUAACCAAGUGCUAAAUGUUGAAUUAGAUCAGAUUAUCCAGUCUUGCAAGUUCCUUGAUGAAAAUUGGAACCCCAAGUUUGUGGUGAUCGUGGCCCAGAAGAACCAUCACACUAAGUUCUUUCAGCCUGGAUCUCCUGACAACGUUCCUCCCGGAACUAUUAUUGACAACAAAAUUUGUCAUCCAAGAAACAACGAUUUCUAUCUCUGUGCUCAUGCUGGAAUGAUUGGUACUACAAGGCCAACUCAUUAUCACGUUCUGUUAGAUGAAGUUGGUUUUUCUGCAGAUGACCUGCAAGAACUAGUGCACUCUCUAUCCUACGUAUACCAAAGAAGUACUACAGCGAUUUCUGUUGUUGCUCCCGUCUGCUACGCUCAUUUGGCAGCCACCCAGAUUGGGCAGUUUAUAAAGUUUGAAGAAACAUCAGAGACAGCCUCGAGCGAUGGCGGGCUGACAAGUGCAGGAGCAGUUCCUGUGCCCCAACUGCCGAGAUUGCAGGAGAAGGUUUGCAAUUCCAUGUUCUUCUGUUGAGGAGCUGAUGGGGUUGAAGGAAGGUAGUGUAAGUUAGUAUCUAAUGUUGGUGCACAGAAGAUGGUAGUAGGCUUUGUUGUCCAUCAAUAGUAAGAUGGGGAUCUUUUAUUUAGUGUACGAAUCUGGGAGUGGUUGUGGUUUCAAAUGGCACCCUUCGUCCUUCAUCCUUCCUUCGUCCUUCAUCCUUCCUUCGUCCUUCAUCCUUCCUUCGUCCUUCAUCCUUCAUCCGUUUGUGUUUGAAGAAGAAAACAAACCUCAAAACUCUUUGAUUUUUAUUUUAUGAUGAUGCUGGCCUGGCUUUGGCUUUGUUUUUAGUAUAUAUAUAGAAGAAGCCAGCAAGGCGAAGAGGGGGCACUUUGAUUUUAUUAUCCUCUAAAACUAAGCAGCAUAAUCGUAUAGUGGGGGUCACCUUGCUGCGGGCUUUGGACUGCCUGCCUCCCUUGGCAGAGCAGAGACUUGAUAUAUGUCUUCUUUUAUUCUCUGCUUUAAUCUAAGCCUACUAAUUGGUGCCUACUGUCUUCAACUUUUUUAUUCUUCUUUGUGGCCCUGGAUGACCUAGAUUAGGGCAUCAAAUCAUGGCUUUUUAACUUCAA